CGGCUCCUCCCCUUCAGCCUUGCAGUCUUGCACAGGUGUAGCGGCUCCUCCCCUUCAGCCUUGCGCAGCCUUGCGUGUGUAGCGGCUCCUCCCCUUCAGUCUUGCGCAGGUGUAGCGGCUCCUCCCCUUCAGUCUUGCGCAGGUGUAGCGGCUCCUCCCCUUCAGCCUUGCGCAGGUGUAGCGGCUCCUCCGCUUCAGCCUUGCGCAGGUGUAGCGGCUCCUCCCCUUCAGCCUUGCGCAGGGUGUAGCGGCUCCUCCCCUUCAGCCUUGCCUUGCGCAGGUGUAGCGGCUCCUCCCCCUCAGUCUUGCGCAGGUGUAGCGGCUCCUCCCCCUCAGCCUUGCGCAGGUGUA